GCGGCGCCUCCCUCCCUCCCCCGCCCGCGCCAUCCAUGCCCGUCCUCGCUCUGUGCUCGAUUAACCCGUGAGGAAGGAAAAUGGCGGACAAAACAGCCCUGUGCCCGGGGAAAGACAGCGUGUGCGGCUCUUGUGAGAGUUCUCUUGAUCAACAAAAAAUCCCUAGCACUGGCAAAACGACUUCCUCAAAGAGAACCCUUAGUAAGAAAGAGCAAGAGGAAAUAAAAAAGAAGGAAGAUGAGAAGGCUGCAGCAGAGAUAUAUGAAGAGUUUUUGGCCUCCUUUGAGGGGGCUGACUCCAGUAAAGUAAAAGCUUUUGUUAGAGGAGGCAUUGUAAAUGCUACAAAGGAGCGAUUCGAGGAACAGAAAGGGAAACUAUACAAGCCUUCUACACGGGUUCCAGAGAUAAAGAACUUAAUGCCAGAUAAAUCAUCUCCACCGUCUUUCAUAUCUGACCCCAAGAAGCCAACCCUAAAGAAAGGUGAAAAGGAGAAGAAGAAAAGUAACUUGGAGCUAUUCAAAGAAGAAUUAAAACAAAUUCAGGAAGAACGUGAUGAAAGGCAGAAAACAAAAGGGAGUAAGGAUGCUCCUUUCAGGCCUAGUCGAUUUGAACCCUUGCCGUCAGAGGAUUCUCCACAAAGUCGUCGCUCUUCUGAAUCUUCUCGGCGAAACAGACAAACAAAUGCACUUGAGGAAUUUACUCCUGGUUCUCAUGACGCGGGAGAUCCGACUACGACUAAUUUGUAUAUUGGUAACAUUAAUCCGAAGAUGAAUGAAGAAAUGCUAUGUCAGGAAUUUGGACGCUUUGGCCCCUUGGCUAGCGUUAAGAUUAUGUGGCCCAGAACGGAAGAAGAAAGAGCCAGAGAAAGAAAUUGUGGAUUUGUAGCCUACAUGAACAGAAGGGACGCAGAAAGAGCUUUGAAAAAUCUAAAUGGGAAAAUUAUAAUGGAAUUUGAAAUGAAAUUGGGCUGGGGGAAAGCUGUGCCCAUUCCACCUCAUCCCAUUUAUAUUCCACCUGCCAUGAUGGAAUUAACCCUACCGCCACCUCCAUCUGGAUUACCUUUCAACGCUCAACCACGGGAGAGACUAAAGAAUCCCACAACACCAGUAAUGCAGCCGAAAAAUCAAGAUGACUUUGAAAAGACUCUGUCGCACGCCAUAGUCAAAGUGGUUAUCCCAACAGAAAGAAAUUUGUUAUGCAUAAUUCAUCGGAUGAUCGAAUUUGUCGUGCGUGAAGGACCCAUGUUCGAGGCAAUGAUCAUGAACAGAGAAAUAAGCAACCCCAUGUUCAGGUUUCUUUUUGAGAAUCAAAGUCCUGCCCAUGUUUAUUACAGAUGGAAAUUGUAUUCCAUAUUACAGGGAGAUUCGCCAACUCGGUGGCGAACCAUAGAUUUCCGCAUGUUCAAGAAUGGUUCGUUUUGGCGACCUCCACCUCUCAACCCAUAUCUGCAAGAAAUAUCAGAAGAAACAGAGGCUCGUGUUGAAGAGAAUGUAAAGAAAGGACAGUUAAAAGAAGAUCAAAGGGAUAAAUUGGAAGAGCUCUUGCGUGGACUGACCCCUCGAAAAAAUGAUGUUGGUGAUGCUAUGGUGUUCUGCCUGAAUCAUGCUGAGGCUGCUGAAGAAAUUGUGGAAUGUAUUGCAGAAUCUUUGUCCAUUUUAAAAACUCCGUUGCCGAAGAAGAUCGCCAGGCUUUAUUUGGUGUCUGAUGUACUGUACAAUUCAUCGGCUAAAGUUGCAAAUGCUUCAUAUUAUAGAAAAUAUUUUGAAUGUAAGCUGUGCCAGAUAUUUGCAAACCUUAAUGCAACUUACAAGUCAAUUCAAGGUCACUUACAGUCUGAGAAUUUCAAGCAAAGAGUAAUGGGUUGCUUUAGAGCAUGGGAAGAUUGGACAGUUUAUCCUGACCCAUUCCUCAUUAAACUACAAAAUAUCUUUCUUGGACUUGUAGAUCUCGAAGAGGAAAGUAAAGAACUCUGCAAACCUCAGAAUAUCUACCUUGGGCUUGUGGAGGUUGAAGAAAUUAAAGAAGUUUCUAAGCGACAGCCUGAACCUGAGGAUCUUGAUGGAACACCGGUAGAGGAUGAACUCGAUGGUGCCCCAUUGGAGGAUGUAGAUGGAGUUCCAAUUGAUUUGAGCGUUGUGAUCGAUGAUUUAGAUGGUAUACCUAUGAAGGUGCUGGAUGAUGACCUUGAUGGGAUUCCUAUCGAUGGCCUUGAAGACUCAAAGAAGUUUCAGUCGGUAUUUAAAGUUGCUCCAUCAAAAUGGGAAGCAGUUGAUGAAGCUGCGUUAGAAUCACAAGCUGUUACUACUUCAAAAUGGGAGCUCUUUGACCAACCGACUGAAUCAGAGGAAGACGAACAACCAGCGGACGGUACAUUAAAAGAAAGUGAUGAUGAAGAUGAUGAUGAUAUUGAUGAUCAAAUGUCCAGAUCAGAAGAGUUGCUUUAUUUUACUAACCCAAUCAAAGAAGAAACAUCAGAACACAGACCUAUUCUCAAGUAUUCAGAAAUGUCUGAAGAAAAGAGAGCAAAGCUUCGAGAAAUAGAGCUUAAAGUAAUGAAGUUCCAAGAUGAAUUGGAAUCUGGGAAAAGGCCUAAAAAGACAGGUCAGACCAUGCAAGAGCAAGUGGAACAUUACAGAGACAAGCUGCUUCAGCGGGAGAAGGAGAAAGAACUGGAAAGAGAAAGGGAACGUGACAAAAAGGACAAGGAGAAAGAUGUUAUUAAAUCUGAGUUUCGUGUAAAAGAUAGGAAAGAAAAAGAGAGCUCCUCCUCCCCUUCAGUCAAAGAAAGAAAAAGGAAACACAGUGCAUCUGUCAGUCCAACUCGUGUGGCCAGGCGUGUGAAAUCACCGUCACCGCGUUCAGAACGGUCGGAUAGAUCACGAACCAAAGACAGCCCACACACUAGAUCAGUGCAAAAAGACACACCUAGAGAUACAAAUAAGAAAUCCAAAAGAUCCCGAUCUGGCUCGAGGACUCCAAAAAGGUCCAAAAGAUCUCGUUCUAGGACACCCAGGAAAUCUUCAAAAAAAUCUAGAUCCCAGUCCAGAUCUCCACAUCGAUCACACAAGAAAUCUAAGAAGAGCAAACACUAGUGAACUGUCCAUCACCUUUUUCUGUAAUUUUGGUUUUGUCCCGUGCCUGAAACAAACUGAGGAAUAUCAUUCCUGGCUUUUUUUUGAAUGCACAUACAUUCAUUAUGAAUAUUCAACUCCAGUCAAUCUGUGUGCUUUUUUGUAUAUGAAAGAAUUUGACUUCUAUAGUGCUUUGGCUUCAUCAACCCCUAAAGUCCCUGUUUGUAGAUUGUGUAAAGACAGACCCCUUUAUGUUAGAUUUCUCAUGAGGAUCCUUGUAUGUCUCUUCCACCAGCAGUAGCAGUAUUGUAUUUGCAGAGGUGUAUGAGGAAGCCUGAAGCAGAAGUGUUAUCCUUUUGUAAUUUUUAACAUUCAAUGAGAGUUGAAUAAAAAUCAGUACAGAAAGUUACAUAAUUUCUUGUUUUAUAAUAAAGUAAAUGCAAUAAUG